UUGAAGGCAGAUGCUUCUGUUUCUAAUCCUAACAAAGGCGAGCAUACAUUAUUUGCAAUUGCUCCAAUCAAUAUGAAAAAGAAGUAAAGAAACAGGAGAGAAAUCCAAGGAUCGAUCGUUAGAUUUGAACAGUCAACCUAUUCCAUUACUCUUAUGGUUAAAAAUUUGCAUCUUACUGCAAACUCUUCAGAAAAAAGGUCCACCUUGUGAGAAGGGAAAAGAAGAUGCCAGAGUUGGUGAACUGUUCUCUGCCUAUGGAUUGAGACAAGUAACAACUUCGGACGGAGAGGAACAAAGCUUUUCAUGAUUGAACCACUUUUGAUGCUCGUCAAAUAUCAGGGAAUAUCAAUAAAGUCGUUCUCGAGCAUUACAAUGCCUGGCAACAGAAGACCCACCCCCUGGGAAAAAUGGCUACCUCCUCCCGCUGAUUGGGAUAAGAUCAAUUUUGAUAUAACUAUUCUAGAUUAUUUCUCAGUGCAAACAGCUGUUUGUCAUAACCAUGAAGACCAUAUCAUUGGAAUGGUAUCUCAAUUAAGCUCUCCAUGUAUGCCAAAUUUUGGUGAAGCUUUGUCAGCCCUUGUAGCUGUAUCAUUGGCUACUUCUCUCAAUAGCUUGGACGAUUCAUUAUUGAAGGUGAGCAUUUCCCAAGAUCGGAGGAUUUCUUCCCUUAUCUCUAGCGUGUCUUUUUAUGGUAAUUUUUCUAGUCUCAUUCCGAUAUUUCCUUCCCUUCCCCUUUCUGUUCCUAUUGUCAGUGGGAAGGACCCACCUUCCCACGCUCUGUUAAUUUAGUUUUUUUUCUUGUAGGUUUAUGUAUUUAAAAAAAAAAAAAAAAAAGGAGCAAUUUGUCAAAAGCCACGUGUCAAUGGGACCGAACACGUCAGCAAGCCCCAAAUAAGGAUAGGUUGACUGAGAGUCCAAGAAAGAUUCAAGAACGUCCUCACUCCCGUUGUAUAGCCAAGCUGGCGAAAAAAUUGGAGCCGCCAGCCGGUGCUUCAAGUGCUCUCCGGUUCAGUUGAACUGGAGAGUAUCCAGUUAGUUAUAGGGCAGGGGUAUUUUUGUCAUUUCACAUUUUUUUGGGACAAAUAUACCCCUGCCCCUCUCUUCGAUCAGUUAAUUUUCUCGAUCCCUUGAAACCCUAAUCCCGUUAAGCCACCAAACAGGUAGGGCCAUGGAAACCAGGGCAUCAAGAAGAAGAAAGCUUCUUCUGAAGGAGGCGGUGGAAGAUAACGAGGACAGGAUAAGCAAUCUCCCAGAUGCCAUUCUGCACUACAUCCUCUCCUUCUUGCCAGUUAAAUCCAUAGCACAAACCAGCCUUUUAUCCAAAAGGUGGGAUUAUCUCUGGACUACGCUCCCUUGUUUAGACUUCUCCGAGUUUAGUAUGACGGAAAGCCAUCAGAGAGAUACUAAGGCCAUGGAGUUGAUCAUAACAACAGUAUUGGCUCGUCGCCCUGCAAACUUCAAUAUAAAGGUUUUUCGCUUCAAGGGACAUCUGGGUUUCCCUUGUUUGCGUGAUUGCAUUCGCCGCGUGGUACGACAUAGCGUUGAGGAACUCGAGCUGGACGUCUCGUUGGGCAGUGAAUUCAAUUUGCCUCGUUGUGUUGUCGAUUGUGAUUCACUAACAAGCCUCACACUGAAAACCCAUUAUCCGGACUCCUGGUGCGGAGUUCGAAAUUCAUGGUUUAAAUUUUGCUCCUAUAAUGUUACGGGAAGUACCAGUGGCCUUCGUUCACUGCAGGCAUUGACACUGAAACACGUCCGAUUUAUCGACAGGGAUUCGGCUGCGUUAUUUUCGGGCUCUUCAUCGUUCCCUAUUCUAAAGAGAUUGGCUCUGAAAUGUUGUAAAGGAAUUACUCAUCUCAAUAUUGGUUGCCCGGAGCUUGAAUAUUUAGAAGUUGAAGGUACGAAGAUAAAUGGCCUGGACAUCUCUGGAGGUGAAAGACUAAAGACUUUGCGAGUGAUAUGUUCCUUCCGCGCUUUGAAGAAUGAAAGUUGGGUCAAGAUUUUUGCGCCGAAGCUGGAGACUUUUUGUUGGGAACAUAAUGAGAUUCCUGAGAAAUAUUCAGUGCAAAGCUUCCCUUUCCUGAAAAAUUGUUGCAUUGAGACUACUUUUAAAUAUCGUUUCACCAUUAAUGCGGCAAUCAACUUUCUAUCCGGGGUCGUCUCUGCUCGAUACCUUCGUAUUCACAUUCUGCAUGCGGUUAAGAUUUUGUCAACUAUAUACUUUGAGGGUGGUCUUCCAUUUCCAUUUUUGAACCUGAGGACCUUGGAAGUUCGUACAGGCCGUUUGAGCAAAAUUGAAAUCCCUGCAAUAGUAUGCCUACUCAAGAAUGCUCCCUUACUUGACACUCUCAAACUUGAAAUUUCUUAUUCUCUGUCAAGUACCGGUAGUGAUAAGAAAUGGGGCAUAACUUUAUUGGACAACUCUGGUUGCACAGAAGAACAGUUCUGGGAAUCUGAAGCUCAAGCUUUAAGAUCCUUCCUAGAUCACCUAAGGGUGUUGAGAAUUCAUGUUCAUUUUUCGAUGAGUGAGAGCGUGAUUAUUGCUACGCGAUUUCUGCUAAAGCAUGGGAAUGCCUUGCAAGAAGUUACUCUUCGUUCAAACCCCCAUGAGUGGAAGGAAGAAUUUAUUAUUGGAUUUCCGUGGGCGUCUCCUCGUAUCAAAAUCUCAAUUGAUUAAUGUUCAACCAUGAGAAAGGAAGUAUUUGGCCAAAGAAAGAAAAGAAUAUUCCAGAACCUGUUUGUUAUGAAAGUAGAAUUCUACAACAGUUAAAAGACGUUGGCAUGACUCACAAGCACAUAUCUUAUGAAACUCUUACAGUUAUUUUUCCUGUAUCUUAUCUUAGAACAGUCGUAGUUUAAUUAAAUAAGGAUAAUUAUAAUUAUCUUUCUAAGUUAGAA